AUGUCCGCACCUGUCUCGAUCCCUUCUCCCCGAUCAUCCACUCCGGAGUCCGACUCUCGACUAUCCGAAUCACCUCCCACCCUGGACCCGAGCACGCUUGCGCUGCUCAACGAUUUCAUCGCGCACAAAACCGAAACGGAGCGCCGUUUCAAUGAUCUGGCGGGAGAGGCUGCGCAGAAAAUCGCAGGCGGCGGUGCGGAAGGCGGGGACGAGGAGGCGAAGCCCAUGAUGAGCGUGGACGAAUACCGCGAAACGUUCACCGAGGACUGGCAAUUGAGCCAAUUCUGGUAUACCACCGCAUUCUCGAUGAGUUUCGCGAGGCUCUUGCAUAAAAUGUGCACACCGGAAACGUCCAUUGCUUUUCUGUGCUGUCCUACCGCGUUUGUGGGCUUUCAACAUCUGAAACCGCACAAGAACGCCCGGGUCCUAGAAGUGGACGGCCGGUUCGCCGUCCUUGCUGGGAGACACUACGUUCCAUAUGACAUGGAAGAGCCCACUGAGCUUCCGGCGUAUCUCGACAACAGCGUCGAGAUCGCUGUCGUCGAUCCCCCGUUCUUGAAUGAGGCAGGUCGUCUCUACACGAAUACCCGGGUAGUCACCACUUUGCGAAAAAUUAUGCGACCGGACGCCAAGUUGAUUGUGCUCACUUCGACCUCCGUGACGCCUAUUCUCGAGAAACUAUACGAUUCGCCGCCACUGGGGCCUUUGAGGCUGACCAAAGUCCAGGUCCAGCAUGGACAGCUCCGGAAUGAUUUCGGAUGCUGGGCGAGCUGGGAAGGAUCUGAGAAUCUGACGCUCGAGGAUUAA